UUGGGGUGACAUAUUUGAGGAUUACACGAUAAAGCACUAUUUGAAGAUGGGCGCGGAUGCAAGCAAGUUGGUGCUGGGAAUCCCAACCUACGGAAGGUCCUACACACUGUUCAAUCCGGACGCCAACGAAAUUGGAGCUCCAGCAGAUGGUCCUGGCGACAUGGGAGAAGCGACUCGCGAAAAUGGCUACUUGGCGUACUAUGAAAUAUGCGAGUACGUUAAAGAUCAGGAGUGGGAGGUCGUACAGCCCAAUCUCGAAGCUAUGGGACCGUAUGCUUUUAAAGGUAACCAAUGGGUUGGUUACGACGAUGAGGACAUCGUUCGUAGAAAAGCGAGAUACGUGGUGGAAAACGGCAUCGGUGGUAUCAUGUUCUGGGCCAUCGAUAACGACGACUUCAGGGGCAAUUGCCACGGCAAACCAUAUCCCUUAAUAGAGGCGGGCAAAGAAGCAAUGAUCGAGGCCUACGGAACGACUGACGACAAUCUGAUAUCCCCGCCUUCCAAGCCGAUCAAGCCCAAACCCAAAAGCAAAACGAGGACCGUCCAGAAAUUUACUACACCGGCAUCGGAAACUGUUUCUUCCACCAGGAGACGAAGGAUUAAACCGAAACCCAGCGACGAGGACAAAAUUACCUCAGCCUCCGCUCCCAAACGUAGAAAAGAAUUGAAAACGAUCACCACAUCGACCCACAGCAGCCUAAAGAUAGCCACGCCUAGUUACACGACACCCGCGCCACCUUCUACUCCAGAUAUGGGAGGAGCUUUCAAGUGCGAAGACGAAGGCUUCUUCCCACACCCGAAAGACUGCAAGAAAUACUUUUGGUGUUUGGCAGGCGCCGGUGAUAACGGAAUCGUAGCACACCAGUUUACAUGCCCCGCAGGUUUGUACUUUAACAAGGCUGCGGAUUCAUGUGACUAUACUCAGAACGUCUUGUGCAACAAAAAACUGCAAAAGGCGGCGACCACAAGUUCCACCACUACGACCACGGAACGGUCGACGAGCUCCAGUACCACAUCAAAACCGAACAGCGUGUUUACAACGACGCGCAGACUUUUCCGGCAAUCCACCACUACCACCACCGAGGCACCAGAAGAGGAGUACUAUGAAUACGAGGACGAAGAAGUGGUAGAGGGCGACCACAAAGGGGCAUCAGAAGAAGACCCUAAGGUUAUCAAAGAGCUGAUAGACUUAAUCAGGAAAGCUGGCGGUAUCGAAGAACUUGAGAAGCAAUUGAAAAUUGACCAAAACGUACCCUCGUCCAGUUCAAUUGACACAACUACUCAGUCGGCCUUAAGCAAGUCCUUGUACGAAAGGGUUCUGAGCAAAACUUCGAAGAAUACGCUAAACGCUUUGCGCAAGAGCUCGAGCAGGAACAGUGGCGGACCUCAGACCGACGGUCUGAAGGUUGUGGAUGAAACCGAGAAAAGGACGAACGACAAACGACCUCAGUACAAGACGUUGACUAGACAGAGAGCAUCUACGGAAAAGAUCGCUGACAAGGACCCGAGCGCGUCUUCAACAGAAAAAGCGGCGGAGACGCUGAAACCAUUCAGGAAUUUCAAAGCCAAAAAUUCCUUAGAAUACGUGAAUAUUAGGCGGGCCAAAAGCAGCACAACCACGGAGUCAAGCGAAGACAGUAGGAACAAGAUCUUGGGAGAGCUCGGUGAAGAUGGAGAGGACGAAGGAAAUGAAGACGAGGUCGAAGACGCGAAUAAGAGAACCAAUGUACCCAAAUAUGUGAACAUCAGGAGGCAACGGCCAUCGACAACGGAAUCUUCAACCACGGCAUCAAAAUACGUCACAAUUAGAAGGUCUACGACGACGACCGCUGCCGAAACUGAAACAGAUCAAACGGAAAAAUACAAGACGGUACGAAGAGGUACGACGACUGAAUCCGGUCAAUCGCUUGAUGAAUCUACGAGAAAGUACCAAACAAUAAGCCGAAGUACCACCACGGCUUCACCAGACAUUGUCGACAGGCAAACCGCAAACGCCGACGAACAAAGCAAUUCUACCGCAACGACGUCUAGUAUCGAGGAGGAGAACGACGUCACUGCUAAAUACCAAACGAUCAGCAGAAGCACGAGCACUCAAAGUACAACGAUCCUUUCCACCGAAAGUCCAACCUCCGUGACUUCGAUAUCGGCCGUCGGUAACAACGUAACACCUAGCGGUAGUUUAAAUAGCUUAAGCGUAACUGAAAAGAACGUUUUAAAAAUCAAGAGACGCCCCAUACUGUUUCAACCCAGACCGUUCUCAUCUAGCAGUACCGAACCGACUACUGUGACAGAAGCGACCAAGGUGAGUCAAUCAAAUUUCAAAUUUCGGUUAAGACAAACCUCCCCUGCGACCACCACGACCGAGACUACCCCAACUCGAUCCAGAACCAGAGGUGCGCAGAGAAAACGGGUCGUUAGUACCACACAAAGUACUCCAGAUUACAACCAGGAACAAAUACGGACAUACAGGCCGGCAGAAUUGGCGGACCUAUCGUCAUUGACGGCCGUUGAUUUGAAUCUUAGAGGCGGAAACUUCGUCUCGAGCCAUAGAAGGCGCAGACCUGUUGCUUCCACAACGGACAAAUCAAAUAAUGAUGAUCAGAUUAAUGCGGGUUCAAACAGUCUCAGUUUUCGUUCAACUACCACUUUUAGGCCGGUGGCCGAGGAAUUAGAAGUAAGGAGUACGCAGGAAAUAAGUGUCACACCCAGAACCAGAAAGAUUAUUAGAAGGUUUAGGCCAAGCACCACAGAUUCCAGCAUAGCCUCUAGCGAAUCACCCAGCACCACCAGCAGUAACGUGAUCAAAUUGCGUAGAAGGAUACCGAUAUUUAGGCAGAGGGUAAAUGAAAUUGAUCUUGAAAAUGCCACCACUACUUCAAGCCCCCUACUAAAGUUGUUCAGUACUAGACCGGCGAGAAUACCCAAUGAGCUUAAGAACGAUGAUAACGAACAUUUGGACAUUCUAAACGGCGAAGAAGGAGAGAACAUCAAAUUAUCGGAGUCAAAUAUUCGGGAAAGUAGUCCACUUAACGCGUUCGAUUCGGGAGAAAAACCCAAAAAGAUAUAUUCCGGAGUGGUUCCACAACAGGACGAUAGCGACAUUCAAGCCAGCAGCGUACCGCGAAGAGGCACUUUUCCCACUUCUAAACCCACCGAGCCAAGCGUAUUUGCCCGAACUAGAAAAAUCGUUAGGAAACUGACCACAGAACCACCAUCGAACACUAUAGACGAGAAAAAACGAAAGCUGGUGAGGCGUUUACGACCCUCCAACUUAAAUGCGGUAGACUCGAAAACUAAAGCCAAUAAUGGAGAGUCUGAUUACAAACAUCUUCAACGAACUGAUACUAUAGAGCUAACUGACGAGCCUGUAGAUUUUAAGGAUGAUACAACCUCCAAAACGAUAGUUACCGAUUCUUAUAAUAGAAAUGAAAAUCAUAAACACCAAGGCGACCGCUAUAGAAUAUACAGACCAUCGAUUGAACAUAAAAAAGAAGAGAAUGCUGGUACUACUACCACAAAUGUUCCGGAUCUUAUUGACAAUACUAGCGCCGAAAAAAUAUCGGACCUAGAAGACCAACAUGACGAGAAUUUCUCUAGUCAAGCUUUGAGUGAACCAUCGAGCACUCUAUCAUCUAGACUGAGCGUCUACACGAGGCCACAUCCGACAACUUCUACCACAACUGAAUUCUAUGACGAAGAGGAAGAUGCAGAAGAAUACCAAGAUGAAAUAGAUGAUGACGAAUCUAUAGAACCUAAAUUUAUCAAAUAUACGUCGUCGACGAUAAACAGGAGUCACCGUUUCGAGUCCAACACUAACUUUGACGACGAGAACGAAGAAGAUCAUGACGAAGGCCUUACGGAGAACAAGUCUAUAACUUCCUCGAUAUUAAAAUCGGCAGUGAACAGUCUGAAUCAGUCAGAAACAAUUAUCAAUAAGGACGACGAAGGCAAAAUGAAAAUGAUGGACGACGAAGGCAGUCCGUCAUUUAAACAGAAAAUCGCAAUAAGCAAGGAAGAAAUUCAGAGCAAAGUACAGAAUACGGUGAAUAACAGGCCCAGUUCUAAAACCGCGAACGCGACGAAUACACCGGUGGAGAUUAGUACCGAAGGGGAUGAGAUAACGACUGAACUUGAGCAUUUUUCUACAGAAACGAGCACGAUUUUGGAAAAAGGAAUUUUCUCGACCAACGAGAAUGUAAUUGACACCACAUACGUGUCAGUUUCCACGACAGAUGCGGAUUACACCACAGAUGAAACUUCACCCGCAGCAACGGAUAAUUUAAAGAAGGCGGAAGCCACCACGCAGGCGGCUGCUACAGCUGAAGUUAGUACAGCUGAUUAUAAGAAAAAGAGCACUUUAAAAUCUAUACAAGAGAGGCCCAAGUUUAAUCCCAAGCGAAUUACUUCUACCACGGAGCCGGGUUUGCACCCGACAAGCAAUAACGUCAUUAAAAAGAGUUCUUACGGAAGAAAAACUACAACAACGACACCUAAGCCAGCUAGACAAUUCACAAUCAGAGCUAGAACUGGUCCUACGAUAAACAGGCAGUUGUACAGGUCUACUACCACGACCGAGAAACCUUAUUUAAGCGGCAACGAUGAAUACGAAACGGAAGACGAAAUAAUCCAAGAUAAACCGCAUAGUUCCACCGAAACCAAAAAAUACAAACCUAAAUUUCCUAAAAUUCCAGCUGAAAAACCUGGAUACAAGUCCACCACAACGGAGCAAUCCGCCAUAAACGAGGAUGAAGACAGUGAGAUCACAGAUGUUGCCGACGAGGAAGUCAAAGCCCUAAACGGUAGAAUAGCGAAUACUCCAGUUGAAGGUAAAAAGGUUCAAUUAAAGUUUCCCAAAGCGACGACCGAGAAGUCAGCUUCAGAAAUUUUUGGAAUCGACGCAGAAGCGGUUAGAAGCAGGAACAGAAACCUAUUCGCCAAGCGAAAAAUGAAUACACCGUUCGUAGCGAUUACCACGGAGUCUUCGGUAACUUCGUCGGAAAGUACUGAUGUAACGGAGCAGUAUUCAACCACUCUGCAACACGUGUUUGCCGAAAUUGACGACGUAACUACCACGGAGCCUCCGAGUUCCGCAAGCACGACCAAGAGUGGCAAAGUCGAGAGACUGAUAGAAGUGAACAGAAUAGUGGAGGUGAAAGCGAAAGAGGCAAAAGCCAAGAACCACGCUGGGGUGGUGGAGGAACAGACGGAGGUCAAAAUAAUACCGACGCUGGACAAAAUCGGUGAAAUCACGAGGAUCACGGUGAUUAAAGUGGUAGACGGCAGCAACGAAACAAUCGUUGAAAACUCUGACGACAAUGAAAUCAGCAAACCGUCCUAUACGUCUACGGCAGCUCGAAAACUGGAGAUU